GCCUACGCCUACAUCCGAGGAGCAGCUGGUUUAAUUUUACUAGGUCCAGGGGCAGAGAUCAAACAAAUCACCAGCAAACAAUGCAAUGACAUCAUCCAUGCAUAGCAUACAAAGCUCCUGUCGUUAUUGCUUGUUCACCUGGUACUGAUGUACGAAGGGUGUAGGACAAAGACAUGGAUCCUGAUUAUGCAUCCUUUGAAAGCUCCCUAUGCAAUGAAUUUAAGGAUUUCUGCAAGAAAAUUAGCGAAUCUUACAAUGAAUUAAAAGAGGAUUUAACACCCUACAGAGAUGAUCGAUUUUACAGGUUGGCCCCAAUGCGACUGUACACCUUAUCCAAGCGGCAUUUUGUUUUAGUAUUUGUUGUGUUUUUCAUAUGCUUUGGAUUAACUCUUUUCAUUGGCAUUGCUGGACCAAAUGUUAUUCAAGCCAAUUCCACAGGAUAUGAAGUAGUUAACAAAUCUAAGGUGGAACCGUUUAAACUGAAUUCACCAGUCCUCUCUACAUAUAACCAACAACUAUGGUUGACAUGCAGAAUCGAUCUGGAUAAAGCUGAUGACUUCAGUAUCCAGACAAAUUUUACAAUGACUGUGCAAAUACAUGGUGUAACCCCAGAUGCAACAGUGACCUUUAUCAGCAGUCCAGAACAUACCAGACCAAGAACAAUUAGAUGUGCACAGAAAUGUGAGGAGAUUAUAGUAGUUCAUCUGGGAUAUUUGAACUACACUCAAUAUAAACUUCUUGUCAGCUUUGAAAAUUUGAAGCAGUUGUCCAUUAAAACAGUAACAUUUACUUGGAAAACCUACAAUCCAACAUUUUCCCAAGUGGAAAUUUGGUUUCGCUUUGUGUUUGUUGUGCUCACAUUUAUGGUGACAUGCCUGUUUGCACAUUCUUUGCGGAAGUUCUCAAUGAGAGACUGGGGAAUAGAACAGAAGUGGAUGUCGCUCCUUUUACCACUGCUGCUUCUUUACAAUGACCCGUUCUUCCCUCUCACAUUUCUGGUAAACAGUUGGUUUCCUGGCAUGUUGGAUGAUCUCUUCCAAUCACUUUUCCUUUGUGCACUUCUUCUCUUCUGGCUUUGUGUCUACCAUGGAAUUAGAGUUCAAGGUGAAAGAAAGUGCUUGACAUUUUAUUUACCCAAGCUUUUGAUUGUUGGACUCUUAUGGCUUGCUUCAGUUACACUUGGAAUAUGGCAAACAGUGAAUGAGUUGCAUGAUCCAACUUAUCAAUACAAAGUGGAUACAGGAAAUUUUCAGGGAAUGAAGAUUUUCUUUCUCAUUGUAGCAUCUUUGUACAUCUUGUAUCUCAUGUUUCUAAUCAUAAGGGCGUGUACAGAGCUGAGGAAUAUGCCUUAUGUUGACCUGAGAUUAAAGUUUCUAACUGCAUUGACAUUUGUUGUGCUUAUUAUAAGCAUUGUCAUCCUUUACCUGAGGUUUGGCGCACAAGUGCUACAGGACAACUUCGUAUCUGAGUUGACAACACAUUAUGAAAAUUCUGCAGAAUUUUUAUCAUUUUAUGGCUUGUUGAACUUCUAUCUCUACACGUUGGCUUUUGUUUACUCACCAUCUAAGAAUGCCCUAUACGAAUCUCAGCUGAAAGAUAAUCCAGCAUUUUCUAUGCUUAAUGACUCGGAUGAUGAUGUGAUUUAUGGAAGUGACUAUGAAGAAAUGCCACUUCAGAAUGGACAAGCCAUCAGAGCCAAAUACAAAGCGGAGUCUGACAGUGACUGAGUUUACAACAUAAUUAUAAGAGCCUUUGAAUAGAGCAGAAUGCUGCACAGAUUUCUUGUGCAAGGCUCCCCUGUUUAUCAAAGAAAACUACUCCUUCCACAAAUGACUAUUUGUUUCCCCUUGAUGAAUAUAAAACUGUAUCUAGUGCAAGAAAGGCUUUAUGAUGGACCACAUUAUGAUGAACAGAAACGUAUGUAUGAGUGACAGGGUUGAUCCUCACUUUAACUGCUACAUUUAACCCUGGAAGGACUGUGACAUUCUUUUCUCACUAAGGAACUGAACUAGCAUGUGUCAUAACCUUUAUAUUCAUUCAACAUUUUGUUUGUGUAUUAUACCAAAACUUUUUAUUUAACAUCCCAUCAGUGAAGGACCUGGCACCUUUACUUAUCAUUCAUAGCAUUCCGUUUCCUUGUAUUUUGCCCCAUUAGGGAUUCAUGUGUUCAUAACAAUCCACAGUAAAGCACAACCCCAUUGUUUGUCUUAGGGCUUGGCUAUGUUGUAUUUAAAGGCCAGAUGGUGGGUGCUGUGCACCGAAAGUCUACACUAGGGUGGGUGUCAUAGCUACACUAUUGAUAACUGCACAGUAAGUGUAAGGGCUGACUAGCCAAUACUAUUUUAAAACAUGCAAAUUCUUUAUUACAAGUCAUAACACAUAAGCAUCUGGCACUUUGACAGUACAAAUGCUUGGGCAGCAUUCUCUCCUGUGUAGAGCCUGAGGGUUGGGGGUACCCUAUGCUCUCUGCAUCUAUGGUGUCUGAGCAGAGCAGAGCCUAACCCAAAUACUAUGGUCCUUCUCUAUCUACCUAGAGUAGGGAAGAGGCAGUUUGUAGGGACUCCUGGGAAACCUGGCAAUUUCCCAAAAGAAAUAUAACCAAGGGAAUUAUGAAGUCCUCCUUUUUGUGUAUGUAUCAAUAUCACUUUACAAUCAGGCUCUGCAGAAAUAAGAAAAACAAAGACAAACAUGCUUUUCAGCCUCCCCAGAAACCUCGUUUUUUGCUCUUUUUGUUUUGUCAUUUUGGGGAUUUUUUUUUUUUACUAAUAGUCAUAAUUUGUGUAGGACACAAGCACUUUUUUUUUAAUCUUUGCAGUACAUUUGUAUGGAAUCUCUUAUCCUAAUACUAAUUUAAUUGAAGAAUUUUGGAUAACUGGCCCCUGAAUAACAGAUCUCCAUGCAUGUAACAACGAAGCGUAUCCCAUUUAUUUAGCAGUAAAAAGUUAAAAUGCAAUAUUCAGAUGCACAGAAAAUCCAAUCUAGUCCUUACAGAAAAAUAUUGCAAUUAUAUGCACACUAAGCUUGAGAUAUAAAUGACUUUAUUUAAAUGGUUUGAUGUUUCAUCAAAUCAGAUAAGUGAAUAUAGCUUUAAAGAGUCUAACUAGCAUUAAAAAAUGUUGGUUUACAGGGUCUGACCAGGCAGAGUAAUUUCUUUGAGCUUUAUGUUUUCCAGCUGAAGUGUAAGGGUACUGUAUGUUAAUUAUGCAAAAAGUCAAAAAUCAGAAAACGACUUAGCUAGAAAAAUAAUUUGUCUGUAUAUGAGUUAUUGUGUCAGGUGUGUUUUAUUUUCUUGGUUUUUAAAUUAUUUCAAAUUCCAAUUAAGUCUUUGUAAGUGUCUAAAAAUAUUUCGGGGCAGAUUUAUUAAUAAAGUUUUGACUUUGAUUCCUGCUAAAAAAAAAAUGGGGUAGCCUUUCCCAUAGAUAGGCUUUAUGAAAAAUUUCAUACAUGAUACAAACAUUAACCGUAAAUCUGCCCCAUAGUGUUGCCAAUCUAUUUUAAGUACUAACUACGCUGAACUGACAACAUUUUGGUUAGAAGUGCAACUCAGGAAUAUCUUCAUUUUUUCUCCUUUAAAUAAUUGUAUGUAUCUUCCUCGCAGUCUUUCAUAAAUGUAGAAAUCAUUUAUGCUGCUGUGUAUUAAGGUUAUAUGUGUUGUGCUGGAAAUCUUUUAAACAGAUCAAGAAAAAUGAGACGAAAAUUAAAAUUUAUAAGAAAAA